CCAUGGGAGAUAUUCCAGAAGGUGCUAAUGUUUUUAGACCUCCACUAUUAUGCGGCCAUGAUUAUGCUUUUUGGAAGUGUCGAAUGAGAGCCUUUCUUAAGUCUCUUGGUGAACAGGUUUGGAGAAGCAUAGAGGUUGGAUGGUCAGCUCCUACUAUGACUGAUGCAGAUGGAGAACUAAUUCAGAAGCCUUAUGAAAGAUUUAGCAAGAAAGAAAAGGAUGCUGCAGAAUCAAAUGAUCAAGCUUUGAAUGCAAUCUUCGGAGCGGUUGACAGAAAUCAGUUCCGUCUUAUCUCAGAUUGCACAGAGGCCAAGAGAGCUUGGGACAUUUUGCUUAUUACUCAUGAAGGCACUACAACAGUCAAGACAGCCAAACUUCAGAUCGUAAUGUCUAAAAUUGAAAAUCUUAAGAUGGAGGAUACUGAGUCUAUCACAAACUUUCAUGGGCGAGUUAGAGAGUUGGCAAAUGAGGCUGAAAGGCUUGGUGAACCAAUUACAGAACACAAGCUGGUGUUGAAAGUUCUACAAGCCAUUGAGUUGGAGAUGCAUGAAGAUCUCCGACGUAAAAAGAAGCAUGUCAUCCUCGUUGAAAAAGAGAACCAGUGUGUUAAAGACAGUGCUGGAACAUGCUGUGCUUUUCCAACUUUCCAUAGUGUUGAUGGUGACUCUGAUAGUGACGUAGAUCUAAGGGAGAUGCUUAUAAUUGUUGAAGAAAAAUUUCAAGAGUCUCUACGAGUCAAUAAGAAAAAAUAUUUGGAAAAUGAUAGCCUCAAACGUGAACUUGCUGAAUCAAAACGCGAUGUGGAACAACUCAUCAAAGAGUUACAGAGAUACAAAGGUAAAGUUACAGCAGAGGAUGACACAGAGGAUGAUACAGAAGAUGACACAGAGGUUGACACAGCAGAAGAGCUAGCUAUUCUCCAAAGGAAGUGGGUAGAACUUGUUCAAGCCAACCAGAAAACUGUCUUGGAGAACCAUCACCUUGUUGCCGAGCGCAUUAGACUAAAAAAGAGUAUUUCAGAACUGGAAAAGAAGAUUGAAGACUUAGAAGGGCAACAAUCAGAUCUCAAGUAUGAAUUAAAUCAACUCAAAAACUUUCAAAAGUGGAUGAGAAGUGCUGGAGCAAAAGCUAUUGAGGAACAAGUGAACGUUUCAAAAUUUUAUGGAGACAAGACGGGUCUCGGAUUUUCAGGUUCCGAAAACAAUAAUACCCCACUUGAUUUGUUUGUUGAUCGAAGAAAGGAAAUUGCUCAAAAAGUCCCACAAGGAAGGAAAACAGAAGCUGCUGCAUCUGCUGGAACAUCUUCUGCCAAACCUGCUGAAGCAUCUCAUGAAGCUUCUGCUGGAACAAUUUAUGCAGCACCCUAUGCAACAAGGCAAAGAGUUGUGACACAAUCUAGUAUGAGAAGACACAAGGAUCAUUAUGCUAAACCUGAAAGGUAUUCUUAUACUAAUGUCUAUGCUAAUUAUGUUUGUUUUUGUUGUGGAAAAAGGGGACACAUUCAGAGGAAAUGCAAGAUUUUUAAAGAGCAAAGAUACGGGAAAAAGAAUGUGACAACAAGGAUGAUUUGGGUACCUAAGAAUCAGUACAAAACAGGUGAUAAUCCUUGUGUGAAGGAUGUUGCUUUUGAUAAAUGCCAUGUUGGUAGUGCAAGCUUGCUUCAAGAAGAAAAGAAAAUAGAUCGUUGUGCUGUUAAGAGUGCUGAAUCAUCUCAUAAGUGUGAUGAAGUGACACCUCCUAGCCAUGAGAGUGUGAAGUUUAUGACUAUGAAAAAACGGGUAUUGGGCAUGUGUAAAAUAGCAUUUGAUGGGAAUCAGUUUGGAAUACUCAGAUCCCGCUUGGGUCUGUGCACACCUAUCUCUACCUGAUUUAGAGGAUGCUCUAAGAGGUCAAUUUCUAAAAUGUGUACAAUUAUUCAUCAAUAACAAAAAAAAAUGCAGUAGGCAUACCUACUACUCAAUCAACAAACUCUUUUGCCAAGCUAAUUCCCCAUUCUAGCGCAGCAGCAUCAGCGAACCCAGCUUCUUCAAAUUGCAGAAGCCGAAAAUUCUUCCAUCACCAUAUAUCCUUGAACACAAUGCAAAUUCUAAUUCAUUUUUUAUACUACCAAUUCCAAAUUCACAUAUUUUUGUACUACCAAAUAACAGAAUUGGAAUAGU